CCACCAACAGGCAACAGGCGAGCAUUUCGAUGUUCAUUCCCCUUCCUCUGCUCCCCCCAGUCUGCCCGUCCUCUCCCCUUCACUUCAGCAGCGCACUUUCCUUCUCGAAACCACCCUCCGUGCUCGCUCGAUCGAUCCAUGGAGUGGACGCCCGACCAGCAGGCUCUCGGGGGCCUCGGCCUCGCCGGCGUCUGCCGGGAGACCUGCCGUGUGAUCCGCCGCGCCAUGCCCCCCGACUUUGUCAACCUGGUUCCCCCGCUGCUCUCCGCGCUCUUGCUCGCCACCUCCGCCGCCAUCCACAUCCUCCGCUCCCGCGUCCUCUCCGACCUCCACCACGACGGCCCCAGCCUCCUCCGCCUCGUCACGGACCGGCUCGCCUUCUUCCUCUUCGUGGCCGUCUCCACCGGCCUUGUCCUCCUGCUCAUGCUCCUCUGCACCGCCGCCUACGUCUUCUGCGUCGCCUCCCUCUACUGCACCGGGGGCGACCUCCGCGCCGCCGAUCGCGUCGUCAGGGGGUUCCCCACGGUCCCGCUCGCGCGGCUCCUCUGCACGUUCCUCCUCGCCGCAGGCCCAUUUCUUGUGAUCUGCACCUCCCUCUUCGUCUCCGCCUUGUUCCAUCCCCAGGAGCUGCUGGGCGCUCCGGACAAGAUCAUGCUGCCGAUGCAGCUGCUGGGAUGGGCCGCGUGCCUCGCCGGUGCGGCCUACGUCGCCGUGGUGUGCCAGCUGGCCUGCGUGGUGUCCCUUCUCGAGGACACCAUGCUCCUCGGCGCCCUGCGCAAGAGCCGCGCGCUCCUCGCCGGCAAGUUCUGGGCGGCCGCCGGCGUCUUCGUCACGCUCGACGGCUGCAUCUUCGCCGUGCUGGUGGCCUUCCCGGUUCUGGCGGUGGACGACGCGCUGGGCCCCAGCCUCGGGUUCCAGGUGGCCUACGGGGCGGCGACGGCGGUGGCUCUCAGCGCGGUGGUGCUGUUCACGCUGGUGGCACAGCCGGUGGUCUACAUGGUGUGCAAGAACCACCACCACGAGGUCGUCCACAAGGUCCACCUCGACUGAGUACGAGCGGCCGUCACACCGGCAUGCAGCUGCUGCAGCCUGUCAAGACGGAGCCAAUUCCAGCAACCCUGCCUAGCUAGCUGCAUCCUGUCCACGACUCCACGGUGGUAGCAACUUGAAGAAGAUUUGACUUUCCAGCGCAAAAAAAGAAAGAAAAGAUUUGACUUAAGUAGUACAGUAGCUUAGUAGUAGCAAGUUGCUGUAGUCGUUAAGUUUAUGUCUGAUUAUCACUGUACCGUCGUAAGUUUAUGUAUGAUUAUCACUGCACCGGAUAUAUGCAUGCUUGGGAUUAUCAAUUAUGUAUGUGUGGGGGUCUUUGAAACUGCGAGUGGGAGUGCUGGGUAGUAGCUAGCUAGUACAAUUGUUUAAGCUUGACAAAUUUUGCUCAAACUG